AUGAAUUGGCAACUGUGGACAGCUGUCCUGCUGUUGGCCUGGAUUGGUGCAGCCAACCAAGUCGAAGCAGCCAAGAAACGCAAAACGGAAGUGAUACAAAUCUGGCAACCUCAAGAGCUGAAGCCAUCUUACGCUAGCCGACAGCUUGAUUAUCCCAUCUAUGUGCCCCGCGUAUCCGGUGGAUAUCGUCGUGGACAAGGACGUCGUGUACGUGCCAAGGCAGCGUCGACAGUCACGACCACAACGCAACGACCAAUUGUGCGAGUUUGGAAUAGUUUUGUGCGCAGCGUGCAACCGAACUUUGGCUUCAGAAAUCUGACCAAUCCAUUGACGAAUCUCUUCAACAAUGGCAAUGCCAAUAUCAUUGAAACCGUGCCACUGCAGGCCAUAUACAAUGAUCAGAAAGAACAGGAGCAGCAACAAGAACUGGAGCAGGAUGACUCAGAAGCUACAACGCAGAGUCCCAGCAAACGUAAGCGCAAGCGUCGCAAGCAGCAGAAGCGUCGUCCCGUCUACGAUUCGGCGGAGCAGGAUGAUGAUCCUUAUGGCUAUUAUGGCGGAUCCUCACUGCCCAUUGCUUUGCCACAUCAGCAACCAAUGUACUACUAUCCCAAUCUGGAGAAUUACUAUGAUUUGCGACGUUUGCAGGCAUACAACGAUUAUGCACAACACGCUAGUUACUAUGAUCCGUCGUACUACGAAGAAAGUCCAGUCGAAGACGAGCAGCCACAAUACGAGAGCGAGGAGAAUGUUCGCAAAUUAAACGGCAAAAAAUAUGCAAUACUGCGUCCAUUGGCAUUGGCUAUCAAAGUGCCGAACAACGAUGCAUCGGUCGCUGCGAUUGACGAAGUUCUCGACGAUGAUAGACUCGCUACCAAUGACGAAGACGCUGCUAACGAGGCCGACGUCGUGGCUACCGAAGGUGCAUCGGAUGACUCCGCCUCCACGCUCUCCGAAAGCAUGCGCAAUGCAAUUGGCACGUACAUGCGUGACGAUCAACGAAAUCGCGAACGUCAGCGUCAAGCUGAGAAGGUUGAAGCACAGGGAAUAGCUAAAAUUAGACCACGUAAUAGGCAUAGUGUGCCAAUAGCUGAGCGCCUGGUGAACGCGUCAAACAAGCGUCAAUAA